UAACUCAGAUUUUCUCUGUAGCUCUGGAAAACCAUGGGCAACUGUCUCUCUUUUCCUUCAACAAAUCUCUCCAAGAAAGUAGAACAGGUUUUGCCAAUUCAAACAGUUUUCAAACUUCCUUCUCCACUGCCAAUUUGGCCAGCAGGCGAAGGAUUUGCAAAUGGAAGUAUAAACUUAGGAGGAUUAGAAGUAUGUCAGGUCUCAACUUUUACAAAGAUUUGGGCUACUCAUGAAGGUGGAAUAGAUAAUCUUGGUGUGACAUUUUUCGAACCUUCGCAGAUAUCAGAUGGGUUUCUCAUGCUUGGUUGUUAUAGCCAACCCAGCAACAAGUCUCCAUUUGGUUGGGUUCUGGCAGGGAAAGAUGUUGCAGGUGACAUACUUAGGACGCCCGUUGAUUACAUACUUGUUUGGAGUAGCGAGUCUGUGAAGAUUAAACAAGAUGGAAAUGGUUAUAUUUGGUCUCCAGUUCCACGAGAGGGUUAUAAAUCUGUUGGUCUUAUGGUGACUAACUCACCGGAGAAGCCACCGCUGGACAAAAUUCGGGUAGUUCGAGCGGACUUUGCAGAAGAAUGCGAGAAGGACACAUGGGUAUGGGGAGAUGAUAAGGCAGAUCAAUCAAGUAAGGUUAAUAUCUAUACAUUGAGACCCAAAACAAGAGGAACCCAGGCUCAUGGUGUUUGUGUGGGUACAUUUCAAGUUGAUGGUGCAGCUUCAGCCUUAUCUUGUUUGAAAAACAAACAGUUCGGUUUAUCUCAUAUGCCUAAUUUGGAGCAAAUUAAGAGCAUAAUACAAACUUAUUCUCCCUUGAUUUACUUGCAUCCCGACGAACCAUUUCUUCCCUCGUCAGUGUCUUGGUUUUUCAACAAUGGGGCUCUAUUACAUAAACUAGGUGAAGAAUCAAAUCCUGUUCGGAUCGACUCAACCGGUUCGAAUCUUCCACAAGGCGGUUCCAAUGAUGGCAUGUAUUGGUUGGAUCUUCCUAUUGAUGGAGCUGCCAAAGGAAAAGUUAAGAAAGGAGAUUUGCAGUCCUCAAAUGCUUAUUUUCACGUCAAACCCAUGCUAGGUGCAACAUUUACUGAUAUUUCAAUCUGGGUCUUUUACCCGUUUAACGGGGCGGCAAGGGCCAAGGUAAAAUUCAUUAACAUUCCACUAGGCAAGAUAGGUGAACAUGUUGGAGACUGGGAACAUAUGACAUUAAGAGUAAGUAAUUUCAACGGGGAGCUGUGGAGGGUCUAUUAUUCAGAACAUAGUGGUGGUACAUGGUUGAAUGCAUCCGAGGUUGAAUUUGCAAGUGGUAAAAAUAAAGUCACAGCUUACUCUUCGUUGCACGGUCAUGCGUUUUAUGAGAGACCUGGAUUAGUCUUACAAGGGAAUAAUGAUAUUGGAAUUCGAAAUGACACUUCAAAGAGCAAAAUUAUGAUGGAUACUGGAGAGAAAUUUGAGUUGGUUUCAGCCGAGUAUUUGGGUUCAAUUGUUGCCGAGCCACCAUGGUUGAAUUUUAACCGGCCAUGGGGUCCGAAGAUUAACUAUGAUACCAGAGAAGAACUGAAGAAUGUUGAGAAAUUGCUUCCUGGGAAUCUUAAAACUCAAUUUGAGAAAUUUGUUAACAGCCUUCCAAAUGAAGUGUUUGGAGAGGAAGGACCACUUGGACCCAAGAUGAAGAAUAGCUGGAACGGAGAUGAAGUCUGAUACAGAUUACAAUUUGUCAUUGCUUUUAAUCCAAACCAGUAUAUGGUUUUAGACUUUGUUUUAAUAUGUAUUCCUUGCAUAAUAUAAAACCCAUGGUUGGUAGUCGCCUAGAUCCAACCAGUCUAACCUUUUCC